GGCCCCAGUUCUCGGACAGCCUCACAUCAGACAAAGCACAGCCCUCCCCGCCGUUUUCUUUUCCUGAAGAGAGAGCAGUGCUUGUCGGUAGAGGAAUGGGUCAACUUUGUGCAGUCCGAUCAGCAGUGAAGAAAACAGGGGAGCAAUCAAAGGGCUAAAAAGAGGAGAGAAUAAGCAAUCUGAGGGAAGUCCUACGUUUUUUCAAAGUUUUUGUAUAAAUAGAGAGGGAGAAUCGGAGAGAAGGGGGCGGACGGAAAAAAAAAAAAUCAAGCCGAGAAAAAAAAGGAGGAGAUCCCAGAGCCUUGGGUACCGGCGGAAGGAGGAAUUUCUUGAGUGCCCUAUUGCUUGUAAUCUGAUCUUUGAGGGAUGUUGGCACUUGUCUGCGCUCCAUCUACAUGGCCAAAGGGAUUUGGUGGCAUUGUCAAACUGUCUGCUUCUCCUUCCAACAUAUGAACCACUGAUUUCAUUGAUGGUCGGUCUGUUGGGUACCACUGGAUGCACCAAAGUCCAACAAUUGUAAGUUUUCUUGCUAUCUUGGCAUGGCCCUCAUUUUCUAUUCUAAUCCCCAGCACUUCUCCUUUCUCCAAGCAAUUAUACACCCAUUCUGGGAAAUAAACUUGGCUUGUACUCCCCACUGUGAUGUCAAUAUUCUUCCUCCCUCCUACCAUUUCCAACAAUAGCAUUCCAAAGCUAUAAACAUCUGAUUUAUAUGACACUUUUCCAAAGUUCCUAAACAGUAAGCAUUUUGUUCCUUGGGACACAGCUUUGCUAGACCAAAGUUGGAGAUCUUAGGAUUGAAGUUAUGGUCUGGCAAGAUAUUGUGAGGCUUGAUGUCAAAAUGAAGGAUUUUUUUAUCACAAUCUCGGUGUAGGUACUCAGUUCCUUUUGCUAUUCCUAUUGCAAUAUCUUGAAGAUUCUCUCAACUGAGGGAACGACUUUGGUCUCUGGUUGCAAAGAUAAACUUUUCCAAUGAUUCAUUUGGCAUGUACUUGUAAACAUGAGCUCUUUUAUUUCCAUCUGCACAAAAUCCAAUCAAGCGAGUGACAUUGA